AUGCCAAGCGCCAUCACCACCGCCCAAACAACACACCUGCUGAGAAUAGCGCUGCAGCCCCCUCCAGACAAUGUCACCAACGCGACGAAGAUUGCGCACAUGCGGGAGCUGGAAGAACUCUUCGACUAUCUCGAGGCGAGACGCGAGUCGGCCGAAAAUAUGAAGAAUGUCAACCGCAUCCGACUUUCGAACAUCGAAAGAGAUAUCAACAUACUGAUGAACGAGUGGACUCGUCUUCUGCGUCGAUGGAAUGUUGUAGUUGAUGAGGGCGUUGCUGUAGAGAUCGGGCCUGAGAAUCUGUACUCGGGCGUCGAGUGUGGGGAGAUGGCUGAUGAUAGAGAGGAUAUCGAGCCUAGGGAUGGAAGGACUGUGAGGUCAAGGCCGCUGGUGGAGUUCUCGUGA